GUGCACUAACAAUUAAGAAGAGGGGUCCUUUUGCCGAGCUCACAAUAGUUUUGUUCCUUCGCCACCAACAAAACCUUUUGUUUUUGCGGUCCUCAAUCACACCACCACCUCCAACACCAACAACAUAACCAAAACUUUGCUUACUUUCGCCCAAUCUUCCCGUCUUCCAGCUGCGCGCUUUGAUCUGUUGAAUGAUGGCAUCAAUGGUAGCGAAAGCGAGUACUAGUCAAUUAUCACCUUUGUCUGUUCAAGAUAAAGGAAGUAGGAAUAAGCGGAAGUUUCGAGCUGAUCCACCUACAACUGAUCCUAAGGUGUUACCUUCAACCUUAACUGAUGGUCCGAGUUAUGAAUUCUCAGCGGAGAAAUUUGAGAUGGUACCUAGUCAUGCUCACCCGCAUAGCCCUUGUGAUGUCUGUGGCGUGUAUCAGGACAAUUCGGACAGUUUAAAACUUGACCUUGGAUUGUCGAGUGCUUCUGUGGGGGGUUCAUCUGAGGUGGGUUCUAGUCAUCCUAGAGAAGAAUUGGAAAAUGACGAGUUUCAGGAUGCGGAUUGGAGUGAUCUUACUGAAAGUCAGUUGGAGGAGCUUGUUUUAAGCAAUCUUGAUACCAUAUUUAAGAGUGCAAUUAAGAAAAUUGUUGCUUGUGGAUACACAGAAGACGUUGCCACCAGGGCUGUAUUGAGGUCUGGUCUUUGUUACGGGUCUAAGGAUACUGUAUCGAAUAUUGUGGAUAAUGCUUUGAUAUUUCUUAGGAAUGGGCAAGAUAUGAAUCCUUUAAGGGAUCAUUGUUUCGAGGAUCUGCAGCAGCUACAAAAGUAUGUUUUGGCAGAGUUAGUAUGUGUACUCCGAGAAGUUAGGCCUUUCUUCAGCACUGGAGAUGCAAUGUGGUGUUUGCUGAUUUGUGACAUGAAUGUGUCACAUGCCUGUGCCAUGGAUAGUGACCCCUUUAGUACCUUGAUUGGCGAAGGUUCUCCAAAUGGAAGUUCAUCUGUUCCCCCUCAGUCCCAACAUAAAGCUGAGUCCAAAAGUACAGAGUUGAGCCUCCCUAGUCCAACUAAAGCAGUUCCAUGCAAAGUAAAUCAGAGUAACAUGGAUAUGGUUGCUGGAGCUCCUAAUCUCACCAAACCAAAGAAUACCCUCGUCCCGAAAGGGUCAACUUCGGAGAAACAGGGCUCAGCAACCUCACCAUCUAAUUCCGUAGACAAGCCUUUCGGUGCAGUAGGUAUAUCACAAACUCUCUCCCCGGAAGAAAAGUUUGUGUCAAGCAGGAAGACGCAUUCUAGCAAUUCAAAGAGAGAAUCUACUCUAAGGCAGAAGUCUCUUCAUCUCGAAAAAAGCUACAGGUCAUAUGGGGCAAAAGGGUCUUUCAGAACGGCGAAGUUCAGUGGUUACAUCGUGGAUAAAAGAAUCAGACCCACGUCUGAUUCAGCUGGUCUUAACUUGAAGAAUGCCUCCGUGAAGAUAAGCAAAGCAAUGGCAAUGGGAUUAGAACUGGCGCAUGAAAAUGGAAGCCUCAGUUUCUCUGCCUGCUCUACACUUUCUUCCUCAUCACCUUCAUUUAGUCUAGAUGCCCGAAGCACCGUUUCCCCAUCACCCAAGAUGGAACAUACUUCAGCGACACCAGUGGCCAAAACCAAGCCAGUAGUGUCAGCUGCUGAUACUGAACUUUCUCUAUCACUGCCAAAAAAAAGUAACCCUCCUCAAGUAAAUCCAAGCUGUAACAAUGAUGCUUCUAUUCCUAGCGCUGCUGGGAUACCCUAUGAUAAGUCUCUGGCUCAGUGGGUGCCACAGGAUAAAAAAAAUGAGGUGAUUAUGAAGCUAUUGCCUAGGAUUCGAGACUUAGAACAUCAACUUCAGGAAUGGACAGAGUGGGCAAACCAAAAGGUAAUGCAGGCUGCCCGGAGGCUGAGUAAGGACAAAGGUGAACUCAAGAAUUUGAGGCAAGAGAAAGAGGAAGUGGAACGGCUUAAAAAGGAGAAGCAAAGUUUAGAAGAGAACACCAUGAAGAAGCUUUCUGAGAUGGAAAAUGCACUAGGUAAGGCUAGUGGACAAGUUGACCGAGCCAAUGCUGCCGUUCGAAGGCUCGAGGUAGAGAAUACAGCGCUCAGGCAGGAGAUGGAAGCUGCUAAAUUACGUGCAGCAGAGUCUGCUGCAAGCUGUCAGGAGGUUUCAAAGCGAGAGAAGAAGACAAUGACAAAGUUUCAGUCAUGGGAGAAGCAGAAGAGCAUUUUCCAGGAGGAGCUUGCAGCCGAGAAACGAAAGUUGUCCCAGCUACAGCAGGAACUUGAACAAGCUAAAGAUCUCUAUAAUCAGCUCAAGGCACGAUGGAAGCAGGAGGCAAAGACCAAGGAAGAACUAGUUGCUCAAGCAAACUCAUUAAGAAAAGAAAGAGAACAGCUCGAGGCAUCUGCAAAAUCAAAGGAAGAUGCCAUAAAGCUGAAAUCAGAAGCUAAUUUUCAAAAGUAUAAAGCCGAUAUCAAAAAACUCGAGAAAGAAAUAUCUCAGUUGAGACUGAAGACUGACUCAUCAAAGAUAGCAGCUUUAAAGAGAGGCGUUGAUGGAAGUUUUGCAAGUAGCAGGAUCUCAGAUACCCAAAGUCCACCUACUGCUAAAGAAUUAUCAAGAACAGCAAAUGGGUUUCAAGAAAUAUCUGGUGGUGGUGGAGGGGUAAAACGGGAAAGGGAGUGCGUGAUGUGCCUCUCAGAAGAGAUGUCGGUAGUUUUUCUUCCGUGUGCACAUCAGGUGGUUUGCAAAAUGUGCAAUGAGCUACAUGAGAAGCAAGGCAUGAACGAUUGCCCUUCAUGUAGGAGCCCUAUAUUUAGGCGUAUCUGCGUACGUUUUGCUCAUCCUUGAUCUUAAUACUAUACUGCUCACUGAACAUAGAGCUUCUUGAGUGUUGUCAAUAACGGAGACGAAAAUGUUUUGAAAUAAAUAUACCAACAUUUUGAACCAUCGAGUUCAAAAAGUUUAUAGCAGUAUUCCAUACAGCCUUUGAACUAUGAAAUGAAAAGAGUCCAUUGAUCAUAA